AUUUUCGAAAUAUAAGGUGACAAGCCAUAUAAACGUGCAUUUUAGACAGACAGACGCACACUUGAGCAAAAAAACGGAAGUCACCACCGGGCUUCUGUAGACACUUCCGCUCUGAAUGAGGCGAGGAAGAAAAAAAAAAGCGUAUUUUCCUCCAUCCUGGUAUUUGCCUUCAUCCUGGUCACUGCGAAGUCCCCGUACCCAAAACAGGAAGCUGAGCAUGAACACAGGGGAUGUCCCGGCAACUGUGACCCUUGAAUCCGUCAAUUCUGUCACAUUUACUCAGGACACUGAUGGAAACAUAAUUCUGCACUGCCCUCAGAAUGAUGGGGAGGACCUGGGUUCAGACGGGACCUCUGAACCUGUUCACAAACGACUGCGACUGUCCAAUGAAGAUGGAGAAGACCCUCAGGACUCUACCUCAACCGAGUACUCUGUUGUCACUCUGCCGAGUGAGUAGAAACACACAUGGACAUGUUUGUACACAGUUUAUGUCACUUUAAAGGUGACGUGUACACCAAAUGAUAAUAUGUAAUAUGUAUACCAAAUGACAUAUCUUUGCGUUGCCUCUCGUAUUGAGUUAUUUAGUCCACAAACAUUCUUACCACGACUGAUUUGGCUCAGGCCCACCCUGCUCACAUAAUUCUCUCUCUGUCUAUGAAAUCUGUAAACCGCAUUUACCGGUUCUAACUCUAUAGUAACAAUAACUCUAUAGCGGUUGACCAGAGCACUGCAGUUAUUUCUCAUUUAAACUACAGUUAAAUGGAUUUCCCCACACAUUUCGCGUCUGCGUCUGUCCUCUGCGUGGCACUUAGAGGGAACAUUGGUUACGACAUGGCAUGGUAGCAGUAUAAGCUCGUUGUUUUGAUUCAGGAGGAACUGUAAAGGUGUCUGCUGUUUGUUUGUGGCGCUCUGUGUCUCUGGAAAUAAAUACGCUGAUAGGCAGGUAGGACAUUGUAUCAUUGCAUUCGGACCGAAUUAACAUUUUUUUUGUCCUGAGACUUCCACAGAAGAUAUAUGUACAUUUUUUAAUAUUUAGAUCACUUCUAUGUAUUGCUAUCAGGCUGUGAAGUGAGUUUCAAGAAGAAAUAUAGCUGCGAGCAGCGAUGGCGGGCCCAA